CCCCCUUCUCUGUCAAAGUCUCGCUCGUCCUGCUGAGUGCUCCGCGUCCUCGAUCCUUCUCCGGGCGCAUUUCUUGGUCCCCCCCACGUGCUCCAUGCCAGUUGAGAAAGGAAUGAGGCUGAAUCAGGCGUAGCCAAGCGGGUUGCGGAUACCCGGCGCACCUUUGGCGGUGGCCUGGGCUUUGCUCGCUGUUUUCUGCUUGCCGAUGCGGACAGUGGAUGGUGGCCCUUGUACGACCGCUUGGGGUGUGGUGUCUUGUGUCUCGUUUCCCCCGUUCUCGUUUUCUCUCCCCUCCCCAUCUUGUUUCUCCGCUGGGGUUGGUAGUAGUAGUCGCCUUCCAUCGCCGGAGGCAGUGCCAUUUGCAACACAACCACGCAGCAGCAGCAGCAUCUGGUCGAGAGGGCAUCGAUGGUGCAGUCGGACAGGCUCCCUUCGCACUCGGGUCGAGCCGACUGGCAAGCCUGCCACUGAACCAGUCCCGCGCGGGCAGUGUCUGCUGAAAGCGACAAGGUGAGGGCGGCCGAGACGACCGCCACACACUACUUCUCCAUCGCCCAUCCUAUCCCGUCCCAUCCUAUCCCAUCCGCCUGGGGACUCCGCCCAUUCCGCUGCGUCAGCCUGUCACUCCCACCUUUUCAUUUCGCCCAUUAGAUAACCCCCCCGGCGCCGCUCAUCUCGCUCCCCCCUCCCGCCUGGGUCCAACUCUCACCGUAUGUUGAAUGAUAUGACCGCCGCUUGUCCGUCCUUGUGGAUUUAAAGUUGGCUCACUGUCACUACCACAGUACACACCCACGCAUACGUUUGUCGUCGUCUCUGGCAUCGAAUCCCACUGCAAUCGUUGUCGUGGUCGUUGUCAUUCCCGCCGCCGCCGCCGCCGCCGCCGCCGCCUUCGUCGCCGUCUCGUCCCUCCAUUCAUUGCUGCCCCGUCUCAUGCAUCGCGUCCGGUCAUCGUAGUCGUCCGUAAGAGAGGCGUCUCUGAGACUGGGGUGCGGAUUUCGGCCCCGGCGUGCAUGGUGAAGGAACUCUUCUGGUCUGGCAGUCUGCCAUCGCCAACGCCAGUUUGGUCGAGAAACGCCUGGAAACCGCCAAGUGCCAACUAGACAACACGCGACUGCAAGAACAAGAAAAGAUACAGAGUCUGGUGCGCCGUUGUCUAGUGGAACAAGAGGCCAAGGAGUAGUCGAAGAGAGAAAAGGCUGUGCGGUGUGCCUUGUUGUGCUUCGUGUGUAGGAGGACGUCGGCCACGAUGGCCUCGUAUACAGAUAUGACGGGCAUUGGCGGCACGGGGAAGGUGUCCAAGUCGCGGAGCAAGCCAGUGGUGAAGCCAAUCCUCAAAAAGCUAUCACACUCGGAAAAGAACUCGCUGGACCUGGAUCGAGGCUGGGAUGAGCAGCAGACGUCAUUUGGGCAUUACGGAGGGAGUCUGGGGAGAGAGAGGGAAGGGUCGUUUGGGGGAAGGGACGUCAGCUUCAGCAUUUCGGCGACGGAACUCUCCCACAGCAGCAGCAUCGGGAACGGAAGGAGCAAGUUCUCGCAUGCCCGUUCCACCAGCGGGACCUCCCACAUCAGUGUAGCGACCAGCGGCAGCGGCCAUCGCAACGGCAGCUUUGUCCACCCUUUCCAGCAGACGCCGCGCACCUCGACGCCGCCCCUCUCGUAUGCCAAUUCACUGGCCAGUAUCGAACAAGGCAACAGCAGCAGCAACAACAACAACAACAACCCCGGAGUGCCAGGACCCCGCGAUUACUCCCCGACAAUCACAGAAGACGACGACGACCUGCUGGACCAACACUACCUACACCACCGCAGCAAUUAUCCCGCGACCACCCCAUCAAUACCCAUUACCAGCAACCCAUCGUCGUCAUCGUACCCGCGACGACCCUCGCUUGCCAGUCGCACCUCGUCUCUAUCCGACAUCCAUAUCAACAGUCACAAUCACACCGGCCCGCCCUCAUUACGCAUCAGUACCAGUCGCACAAACUCCAACGCUGCCUCCUCGCGGCUUGUACACGUCUCGAGCCACUCGGACAUCAACCAACAGUCCGGUAUAAUCCCGGAAUUUACUGCGCCCAACACAGCACCCGUGCUCUCGCCUUUGUCAUCGGCAUCUCCCUCCACAUCAGUAACCGCCAUGUCUCCCCUGCGCACCUCCCUUGAGGGCUUCCGCCUGCGCUCGCGCUCCGAUCUUGACUCCAACUACCACCAAGAGCGUAUCCGACAGGAACGCCACCGCUGGGAGGAGAAGGAGCGCCUCAAGAACGAGAAGCGAGACAAGGAGGAGAUGCGCAAGCGAGAGCGCGCCGACAUCAGGGAGGCCCAGCGCCACGAGCGCGAGCAGCAGAUGAUGAUGAGAAGAGAGGCCAAGGAGGCUGCCCGCAAGCAGAGCUUCUCCCACAGCGCCCGCAACAGCUCCAGCGACAUGAUCCGCCCCUCCAUUAGCCGCAAGAAGACGGCCUCUGAUGCCGAGAAGUUGGCAAUGGGAGCUGCCCAGGGUGGUGUCGAGUUCGCCAGCCGCAACUAUGAGAGCACCGAUCAGGGCCAAGCGCCUGUUGCCGACGAGGCCAUGUUCGAGGGACCUCGCCGCUCCCUGACUGCCAAGCGCAAGACGCAGGGCGCCUGGACGAGCUUUGUCCUGUGGUUCCGGACUAGAAUUCUGCGACUCCACGACAACAUGGCCAAGAAGUAAAGAAAAGUAAAGGCCAAUGCCCCCAACCUCAUUGGUUACUGGACCUGCCGGCCUCUUUUCUCAUCUCAACAGCUACACUGAAAGGAGUUGGUCCUUCUCUGCCUGCAUAGAACACUUAAAUUUUUUUUUGCCUGCCACGGCGGUGCCUAUUCUCUAGAGCAUCGCUCACAACGGCAAACACAACAAUGUGCGGCAGGAACAAGAUGGGUUCUUUAUCUAUAACUCUAAGCAGGCAAGA